AUGGAGCUUACUCCAAGAGAAUCAGCUCUGUUCAUCAGCGAGCACUCAGACCAUGUGAAAAUUAAUAGGAGCGCGAUUCCUGCUGUAGCCCAGAAGCUCUUUGAUAACCUAAAAAGCGGAGUCUUUGGAUCUUCGUGGGACGAUCAUCCAAUGCAUCCAAAAGCAGUCGGUCCAUCCACCGUAAACUGGUACGUAGUGUUGUGUUUUUAUUGUGAUCGACUAGGAAUUGUGUGGGCUGAUGUGGAGAUCUUUUUAAUCGACUCCCUUAAUUUCUCCUUCUGGACCGACGAGAACAUUCCAAAGUACGUCGUGACCUUUAGAGGCACACCGCACACCGGCUACAUGGCUCUCUGCGCGGCAAUCAAUCGUGCGCUGGAGGAGGGUAAAAACCUUCUGGAUGCGAAUGUUUUGGCCUCCCUCACCCUUGACGAUGCUCGCUCCAUUUUCCGUUCUGACGAUCCCAACGUGGAAAUUCCUCUCCUGGAGACACGUCUACAAAUAAUGCGCGAGCAUGCUAGUACCCUGCUCAGCGACUACUCAGGCUGCUUCACGAAGUGUAUCGAAGCUUGCCACGGCUCCGCCGCCAAGUUGCUGAAGCUGGUGUGCGAGAAGUUUCCAUCGUUCAGCGACAAAGCCGUGUACAAGGGUCGUAACGUUACCUUCUAUAAACGUGGGCAAAUUCUAAUCGCCGACCUCUGGUUAGCCUUCAAAGGAGAGUCAUACGGUCACUUCGAUGACAUCGACUCACUCACAGCGUUUGCUGACUACAGGGUUCCGCAGGUUCUGGCCUACUUUGGUGUUUUGCACUAUGACGACGAGCUAAUGCAGAAGCUUUUAAAAAAGGAGCACCUUGAAAGUGGUUCGGUUUGGGAGGUGGAAAUUCGAGGUGCCUGCCUCGAGGCCGUAGAGCUGAUUGUGCAGAAAACCCGUGAGCUGUUUGCGGAAGCAGGUGACGAAAGAACGCGUUGCAACUCAAUUCUCGCUGAUAACUUCUUGUGGCUUUAUCGUCGGCAGUUCGCUUCUGAAGUGGAGGAAUGCAUGCCAAUGCAUCGCACACGCUGCAUUUAUUACUGA